AACCUAGCCCCUCUCUUCUCAGUUCUCACAGUCUCGCUCUCUACACCCUCAGCGCCGGCGAGACCGUUCCUCCCACCACCUCGCAGCGCCGUGAAGCCUUCCUCCCAGCGCCGCCGAAUCUUUCAUCCCACUGCUCCCAGGACCUCCUCGCGGACAGAGAGAGCACCACGAAGCCCCAGCCACAGCCAGCGCCCAGCAGCCCAGCACCACCCUCGCACAGUCGCACCCAGCAGGCCAGCAGUAGAACAGCACCACCCACUCACCCAGGACCACCCAGCGGACAGAGCACCACGCCACCACCCAGCAGCGUUUCUGUCCACCCACAACACAACACCUCCCACCCAGUCACCGAUUCAAGUCAGAGAUGGAGCCCGAGCCACUGAGUCAGGUAUAAAGGUAGACCAGCAUUACCGAGGAAGUUGAUGUCGCAGGGUGCUACACAGAAGCAAUAUAGUGUUAAGUAAAGUGUAGUAAAAUCAGUAUCUCCAUGAUUUCAUUGGUGUUCCUUCCUUCCCUGCCCAACGGCCCAGGUGACGCUGAUUACCGAUAAGAGAGAGACCGACGAGGCCUACUAGGAACACUUGAAAUCCGACGUGAAAAAGGUCCAAGGUGGUCGCAACUGACGGUGACCAAUUCGGAUCUGUUGUCUUCACUCGUCUUCCAUAGCUGAAUCUUAACCUUCAUGCAGCAUUCCUCCAACACAACGCAGCACCACUCAACUCUCUUCUUCAUAUUGCUUUCGUUUCUUCUUCCUAGCCCCUCUUCUGAAACUACUGUUUUUUUGCCCUUACCAGUUACUAUUUUGAGCUCAAAAAUUCUUAUCCAAAAUCAGAGUUUGCUGUGAAAACGCUUAACGUUUUAAAUUAAUUUCCUUGUUCAGCCACCUUAUGAGGAGCUGAUUUUGAGAGUUGCUGAUUUACGGGAUUUUUGUUCUGAAUUUACCAAGCAUGGAUAAAGUUUCAUCAGACUGUCCAUACCCGGGGUGCUUCUUUUGUGUUAUGAAGGAAGGGAAUCCAAGUAAACGUAGAGCAAGUAUACUGAAAUUCUUUCGGGAACUUCCAUCUCAGGAUGAUGAUGGUCAGGUGCUCCCUAUCAGUGGCUUGUGGAACACGGCAAUGGCACAUCCAAAUGACCCUGAAUUCAUAGAGCUAGGAAUUUUUGAAUGCAUGGCUGCUCUAAUAUGGAAGGGACUGAAGAAUCGGCGCUGGCUUUCUCACGAUCAAAAUAUUUACAUUCCUUAUUAUGCAGCUCAUAUAAUUGGUUCCUACACAAUGAAUAUGGAAGAAUUUGCUGAAAGUGCUGUGCAUGCUGGACAUUUAGCUACGUAUGCCAGCACUUUUCCUACUGUUGCAAGUCAUGGUGAAAUUCUUGAGCUCUCCAUCCAGUUAGCAAUGAGUUCCCUUGAAAUAGUUUAUUCGCACUUUUACCAAUAUGUUGAUAGAAGGCUAAGUUAUCAUUGUGAUUUGCUUACACGUGGCAUGGGUGGUGUUGAAAUGGAGUCCAGGAAGGCUGAGGAAUGGGCUAGUCAGUUGCAAUGUUGGUCCCUUCAGCUGAUUAAUUGCUUUGCUUUCAAACCUGAAUUCCUUCCUACGAUAUGCAAAACUGAAUUUCUGAUCAAACUACCUGGCAUGUGGGGUGGACUUGUUAAUGAAAAUUCACCAGCUGGUAUUGGUUUAUUAAGAACAAUUUGUCAUCAAAAGCUUGGUAGGGGACCCAUUGCCAGUUGCCCCAGUAUUAUUGAAGCUUUGUGUAAUAUUGCCCGGUCUUCGGAUGAUUGGCAGUAUAUGGCAAUUGAUUGUCUUCUAUGGCUUCUUCAAGAUCCCAAUACAUGUCACAAGGUGAUUGAUAAAGUGGUUCCUGCAUUAGUUGACCUUGCCGAAAUUACAACUCUUGGCGACCACAAAAAGCUUGGUGAUUCCAUUGUUGGUGUUCUUCAGGACUGCAUCCAGUCGCAGGGGUCAGGAAGAAGCUCAAUUAGUGGUCGCACUAGUGAACAAAUUGAGGACCUAUUAAAUUCAAAGCAAAGGUUAAAAUGGGAAAAGAAUAUGCCCAAGGAAGAUCUACACAUUAAGCAGGCUGCAGCUCUGGUGGUCAAGCUUGAAGGAAAUUCUCUGUUCUCAUCUGGAAAUAUUUCUGGAGCUGCAUCAAAAUACUCAGAAGCAUUGUCAUUAUGUCCAAUGAGAUCCAAGAAGGAGAGAGUUGUUCUAUAUAGUAAUCGAGCUCAAUGCCAUCUUUUGCUGCAGCAACCUUUGGCUGCCAUCAGUGAUGCUACCCGUGCACUAUGCCUUCAUAAACCUCUCAACCGUCAUGCCAAAAGCCUUUGGAGAAGAGCACAAGCUUAUGACAUGCUUGGGUUAGCAAAAGAGAGUUUAUUGGAUGCCAUUCUAUUUAUUAAUGAAUGCUCUCAAUCAAAUGAUCCUGAUCUCUCACAGAGACAAAAUAAAGUUCCGGAUUAUGCUGAGCGAUUAGUCAAGAAACAGAUGCGUGCUGCUUGGUUAUUUCGAGAGGCAGCUAUUAAGCAUGGGGGUGUCCAUAGUCAAGGUGAUGCUGGUGAUUUAUAUGGCCCAGAUACUGAUGACUCUGAAUGGGAGACGGCAAGUGAAAGUGAUAUAGGAAACGAUGGAAGGGAUGAUAUGGGUGAAGAGGAUGACGGUGAUUGGAAUAAUGAUGACGACGGGAAAGAUUAUGAAAAGCCUUUGCUGAAAGACAUAAAGCACGGAUAUAGUGUGCAACUUGCAGCAGAAGAACCAUGACCUGACAGGGUAAACCUGUGCUGCUGCAUGAAUGAAGCAUGGUGGCUGCUAUGGCUUCAAACUCUGCAUGCUACGUGGGCUAGUUGCUCAUUCUCUAUGUAUAACAGUGGAAGUGUUGUGAAUUUUCUGUCUUCUAUUUGAGGUUGAAGUUUAAUUUACUUGAAGUUUUCCAUAUUCAAUACUUGUUCUCCCCCCUUUCGAUGUUAAGUGUAAAAAUUGGAUAUUCAAGUUUGGAGAACUGCAUAGCAUUCGAAACCUGUGAAGUAUUUUUUUUUUCUUUCUUUUCCAUUUUUGGUAAGUUUGUGUAUAUAGACCUUUUGUGGUCAAGUUUUCUCGAGUCCAUUUUUCUAUUUUGUUCUA